AUGGCAGAGAAGAAGAUUGACGAUACGAUUAUCACUCCUAUACCGUCUGACAUCUUAGUUGGAGAUGUCGAGCCGCAAGGUUAUGAUGUCGUCGCUACAAAGAAGCUUCUUCGUAAACUAGACUGGCAUCUCAUACCAUUCAUGUCACUCAUCUACCUUCUGUGCUUUCUAGACCGCACCAACAUUGGAAACGCUCGGCUCGACCAUCUCGAACAAGAUCUAAAGCUACAGGGCCUACAGUACAAUGACUGUCUCGCCGUUCUCUUCCCCUUCUAUAUCGCCGCUGAGAUACCGUCGAACAUCAUGAUGAAGCGUACUCGACCAUCUAUUUGGUUGACCUUCAUCAUGUUUUUCUGGUCACUCGCGAUGAUUUGUCAAGGCUUUGUUAAGAACUAUUCUGGACUGAUGGCGACACGAGUUUUUCUAGGGGUGUUUGAAGGUGGACUAUUCCCAGGUGUCAACUACUAUAUUUCGCAGUGGUAUGUACGAGACGAGUGCGGCUUCCGCAUGGCUCUCUUUUUCUCAGCUGCAACACUAGCUGGAGCUUUCGGCGGAGUACUAGCCCGAGGUAUCGCAGAGAUGUCUGGUGUUGGAGGCAAAGCAGCUUGGGCUUGGAUCUUUAUCUUGGAGGGUUUGCUCAGCAUCCUCGUCUCCAUGACAGCAUACUGGUGCAUAUACGACUACCCUGCAACUGCCCGCUUCCUCACCCCAAAAGAGCGCACAGAAGUGCAACGCCGCCUGGAACAAGAUCACGGCCACCUUUCCAACGACUUCGACAUCAAGUACGUCUACCAGGCCCUUACAGACUGGAAGAUAUACAUCUUCAUGUUGAUAUGCAUGGCAGGGUUCUGUCCCAUCUAUUCCUUUGCUCUCUUCCUCCCCACCAUCAUUAAGAAUAUGGGUUAUACCGCCAACGACGCGCAGCUCAUGUCCGUCCCUCCUUACGUAUGCGCUUGUUUCUUCACCAUCACUGCGAGCUGGUACGCUGAUCGCGUGAAGAAACGUGGUAUCUUCUUAAUGGGCUUCCAGGUCAUCGCUAUUGCAGGCUUCGCCAUGCUUGCUGCAACUGGAAAACCCAGUGUACAGUAUGCAGGUACGGUACUUGCGGCUAUUGGUAUUUACCCCCAGAUUCCGUUGGGUAUGGCAUGGAACAGUGGGAACAUUGGCGGUAGUUUGAAGCGUGGCACUGGAAUUGCUAUGCAAGUUAUGGGCGGCAACUGUGGAGGUAUUAUUGCGAGUUAUGUUUAUCUGUCGCGUGAUGGGCCGAGGUUUAUUGUUGGGCAUAGUAUCUUGAUUGGAUUUGUCAGCAUGGCUUUCUUCCUGACAUUCUUCAUGUCAAUGUGGUGUCGGAUGGAAAACGCAAGACGCGACAAGAUUGCGCUGGAAGCUGAGACGCUGGAGUUAACCGACGAGCAGAAGUUGCUGGAGCGAGAGCUAGCCGAUAAUGUGCCAUGGUUUCGAUACACUACUUAG